CACCCUGGCCGCGGUCCAGGAGGUCACUCCAUGACGCAGCGACGCACGUAGGGCGUUGUUCUUCCAUAAUGAGAUACUUUAUAACAGAACGUCAGUGCUGGGAUCAAUCUAGACUGAGGAGGACUUUAAAGAACGGAGGAAAGCCGCUGUUGGACUUUACUAAGGGGAGAUCUGCCUUCGCUUCUUGCUUCUGCUUCUUUUCUUGGAAUACAAGCUUUUUGCCUGUAAAUAAUCUGAGAAGAUGCUGAUCCUUCUGCUGGGAAUCAUCUUCCUGCACGUUGCUGCCCUUGUUCUUCUGUUUGUGUCUACAAUCAUCAGUGAGUGGACAACAGGGGAAAUGGGCACCUCCGACCUCUGGAAAAACUGUACCUUGGACAAUAUGGGACACAUCUGCAACGCAGCAUCAACUGGAGAGUGGAUUCAGGUGGUCCAGGCUGUCAUGAUCCUUUCCAUCAUCUUCAGCUUCUUGUCUCUCAUCCUCUUCUUCUGCCAGCUUUUCACUUUGCAGAAGGGCGGACGAUUCUUCCUCACUGGAGCCUUCCAGAUCCUGGCCGGUUUGUUUGUGAUGAGCGGAGCCAUCAUCUACACGGUAAUGAGUCCGGGCUGGGUGCCAGAAAAGGACACGUUCGGGUACGCCUACAUCCUGGCGUGGGUGGCCUUCCCUCUGGCCGUCAUCAGUGGACUCAUCUACGUCAUCUUGAGGAAGCGAGAAUGAGAUGCCACUCCAUCGCAGUAGCCCCAGUAACCUUCUGAUGAUGAAGUUGUAAAGUCAAUAUGAAGGAAGUACCACCAAAGAAAAACCAACUCAAAAUAUCAAUACUGUCUGUUGAAAGAUGUAUAUAGUAUCUAUGGUUUAAAAUCUAUUUAUAACACUUUUUACAUAUAUGUACAUAGAUUUUGUGUUGCUCUGUGGAUACCAUUAGCUUUGUUUUAGCUGAAAAAAGUGCCUCUGUCUUUGUUUAUGAUAUUAUCAAGCCAUUUCAUUUUGCAUUUUUCUGCCAAUUUGUUUGGGUAACUGCCAAAGAUUUAGUUAAAAUAAGCAAAAAAAAAAAGGUUUUUGCAGCAUAUUAACAAAAUGCUUUAUUAGAAACAUGGGCGAUUUUAAAUGUAGUGCUAACAUCUAAGAAUGUAGCGUAGCUGUUUAAUUUAGAUUUGAUCUUUUUCUGUUUCCCAGUUUGUAUGUUUUACGUCUUUUUUGAAUUUCUAAUUUUAAACAAAAACAUGGUGCUAUGUAUUUAUCAUUCCUAUUACUGGUAGCAAUUAUAUACAACACAGUUAUUUUGUUUGGAGUUAGUUUGAAAUGAUUGUACUGAAAUGAGAUGGAGGAAUACUUCGCAGUGCCUGAAUUUCAUUUUGCAGUUUCCUUUUGUAUUCCUCAGCUACUGUAAAUGGUAAAUAAUUGAGAUUGUGGUGGUGCACUGAUGAAGGUAAAAGUCAUUUGGAAUGUCAGUAUUACUCUGCAAGCCUGCACACAGAUAAUUGGUUUUAUUUUAAUUGUCGUUUGGAUUAAUUUUGAUGUGUUUGACAACCUUUGUUGAAGUCUGAAGAAGCCAAAGGCCUCCAAAGUUGAUUAUUUUCUAGACAUAUAACACUGCAGGGCCUUGCCACCUACAGAAAAAAAAAAAUUCACAUUUAUUGCAAUGUGCAACUAGUAGAGGCUGAAAAAGCAAUAUAAUUGCAAUAUAUUUGCCAUAAAAGCAAUUAUAUGAGGUUAGAGGAACAUAGGAAGUAUUAUUUCAAUAAGAAGAAAUGGCAGAAAGAUCUGCAGCUAUGAUACAAGUGCUAGUAUGACAUACUUGAAAGAUUGACCUGCUGCAGUUUGUUCAGACGGGAUGUUUGCAUCUCCUCUACGGUAUUAACACUGUUUUUAUGUUUUGCAUAACAGCUCUCCAUGACACUGUUGCCUAAAACCCGCACUAAAUAAAGCAACUCUCACUUAAUCCAGUACUGUGUAUUCCACUGUUAGAAGGCACACACUUCCAGCUAGGACCAACAACGUGUAAAGCUAUGUCUCACCUGCCAAGGUGCUGUGUGGAGCAAGCUGACAGUAAAUGCAUGUUUAUAUGCUUUAAGAUCAAUCGGCGAAGUCAGCAACGGAGAUUAAAUCAUGUAGUCUACUGCAUACACUCAUGCUAAGUCCUUCUUGCAGUACAGUUGUGCGUCCUUAUGCCUGUGGUUGCAAAUACUGAACGUGAGUGGUGUCACCCACACUGGGGACGAGGCACUGCAAAAUCCCAGUUACUUAGAAAAUCCAGCUCAUGUUUCAGUGUGGAUGUCUCUCAUGCCAUUAGAUAAAAAAGGACUUACAUAACCACUAUAAGACAGCACCAGUCCACUUCUAUUAUGUUAGGUUCAAGCACUUACUUCAGAGCUAAUACUUGCUACGUGACUGUGGCAUUGGGUUCAGUUAGAAGAGAAUGCCUCUGAUGAAAACUACCCUUAAAGUCAAAGCCUUCAGUUGUCAAUGCUUUGUUUCCGUCUAAACUUUAGGAUGCUUCGUAAGCCACUUCAAUUUUAAACAUUAAAGGAUGUUUAUUAAAACCUAAA